AUGUAUCUUAUUAAUUGGAUCCGCUCGUCGAGAAAGAACGAGAAAUUGUAUUCACAUAGCGAGCUUAAUACAAACUGUAUUGCUCUUUUUCUGAUUUUGAUUAUUUCGAAAUGUCAUGCAUCAUAUCCACUGUUUGGUGAACUACCAGUUCCUCAACGUCCUGCAAAGUUUGCGACGAAGAAUGAUGUAGAUCGUUAUGUUAAUCGAAUGAAACAAUAUUAUGAAACAAUGAAGCAUUUAAGAUAUUGGCGUCGAUCUAUCGAUCAAUCGGAUGAAGAAUAUGACGACUCACUAGAAGAUCUCAUUCAACAAUACAAAAGUCUAAAUAAUAAACGCUAA